AUGGCGAGACCUUCUUGGAACACGUCUACAGCCUCGGAAUGGGGCAAUGUCUCCUCAUCAUCCUCGUCGUCCUCAGGCACCUCCGGCCGACUCUCAGCCUCCGGGUCCUCCAGGGCGGCCAGCUACUGGUCUAGUGCUGCUUUUCCGGUGUUCCUCCAGCGAGUCCUGCCUUCCAGCCAGGUCGCAGUCACUCGAGAUUCUGCCACGGGCUCCCUAUCAAAAAGUGGCCUGAAAGGUUGGAUCUUGGAGAGAGCGGCGGGGAAACAGAUCUUCUGGUUCCUGGUCUACAGCUGCGCCUGCUCCUGCAUCUGUUGGGGAAUCUUGGUCCCAGAGCAGGAAGGAGGGCAGAAGGCUGGAACAUUCACCUGUCUCAACAACAAUAUUUUCAGGAUUGACUGCCACUGGUCAGCUCCAGAGCUGGGCCAGGAAUCCAGGGCCUGGCUCCUCUUUACCAGUAACCAGGUGACAGACAUCAAGCACAAGUGCACCUUUUGGGACAGUGUGUGCACCCUGGUGCUUCCCGAUGAGGAGGUGCUCUCGCCUCUUGACAACUUCACCAUCACACUCCACCAAUGCAUCAUGGGACAGGAGCAGGUCAGCCUGGUGGACUCACAGUACCUGCCACAGAGACACAUCAAGCUGGAUCCGCCCUCUGACCUGCAGAGCAACGUCAGCUCUGAGCAUUGCGUCCUGACCUGGACUAUCAGCUUGGUUCUGGAGCCGUUGAUCACAUCCCUCAGUUACGAGCUGGCCUUCAAGAGGCAGGAAGAGGCCUGGGAGCAGGCCCGGCGCAAGGACCGUAUUGUUGGAGUGACCUGGCUCAUCCUUGAAGCCGUCGAACUGGAUCCUGGUUCUACCUACGAGGCCAGACUGCGUGUCCAGAUGACUUUGGAGGAUUAUGAUGACGAGACAAACGGGGAAUAUUCUAAGAGCCAUUGGAGUGAGUGGAGCCAGCCCGUGUCCUUUCCUUCUCCCCGGAGGAGACAGGGCCUCAUGAUCCCACGCUGGCAGUGGUCAGCCAGCAUCCUUGUCACUGUGCCCAUCUUUCUUCUGCUGACCGGCCUUGUCCACCUUCUGUUCAAAUUGUCACCCAGGGUGAAGAGAAUCUUUUACCAGAAUGUUCCCUCUCCAGAGGCAUUCUUCCAUCCUCUCUACAGUGUGUACCAUGGGGACUUCCAGACCUGGGCAGGGGCCCACAGAGCCAGACCACAAGUAAGACAGGAUGAUGUCAGCACUUCAUCGGGAGGCUCCGAGUCCAGCAUCUGGGAGGCCAUCACCACACUCACCCAUGGCUCCGCAUACCCUGUGCAGUUUUCCAGCCUGAAGUGGGAGGCCACAGCCCCCGGCUUCCCAGGGCUCCCGGGCUCAGAGCAUGUGCUGGAGGCAGGGUGUCUGGAGUUGGAAGGAGAGCCAUCUGCCUACCUGCCCCAGGAGGACUGGGCCCCACUGGGAUCGGCCAGGCCCCCUCCUCCAGACUCAGACAGUGGCAGCAGCGACUACUGCAUGUUGGACUGCUGUGAGGAGUGCCGCCUCUCAGCCUUCCCAGAGCACACCCAGAGGCCUGAGCUCACUCUGGCGCAGCCUGUGGCCCUUCCUGUGUCCAGCAGGGCCUGACACCGUCCAAGGGAUGUGGCCAUUCUCCUGCUUCCUAUUCUCGGACGGCACCAGACGCAGUCUCAGCCUAACUCAGCUAGGUGCAUCAUGUCUGUUUGGGGGAGAUGAACGAAAGGCCUUGGGGCUGACCCUUGGGCUCGUGAGGAACUCCUGAGAGGAGGCAGCUGUGCGCGGGCGAUCAAAGGCUGUGUGGACGGAAGCAGCAGACUGCUUCUCUCCGCCUGUUCUGCCUCUGUGGUGGUGAUGUCCUCAGGUUCCACUUCUCUUUCUUUUCUCUCCUCUUUCUGGCUCUGUCCCAGGCCUGAAAAGAGCAGUGACAGGUAGCCUGGUCUAUCCUCCUGUCCCUAAAGGACUAGCCUGGGCCCAGGGACACUGAUGAGACAACACUGGUGAAAUGUCCUUUCUCAGUGCCUUCCCCAUUAAGACUGGAAGGGACGCUUUUGACUUUGCAGACUGUGGAUGGUGGGGGUGGAGGGGAUGGUGGAGCUUUGAGCCAUCAGAGUUGUCCAUCUCUGAGCUUUUGGGAUUCCAAGAUCAGCUGGAAGGAGUCUUACCCGUCUGUGGUAUUUUCUUUCCUGGUGCUGUGACAAAACCCCGCGACCAAAACUGACUUACAGAAGGAAGAGUCGGUUUGGUUUAAGGUUCCAGAGGUGUGGAGGCGUGGCAGCAGGCAAGGCAGCAGGAACAGGAGGCUGAGAACUCACAUCUCCACCGAAAGCAGGUAGCAGAGUGAACUGCAAGUGCUGACCCCGCCCCCACCCCACCCCGCCCCCAGCAAGGCUCCGCCUCCUAAAGGUUCCACAGCCUCCCUAAAGAGUGCGGCCAAAUGGAGACCACGGAGAUUUGCUUUCCCUUUGCUCUGCGGUGCAUGGGUCUGGAAUGGAGACGCCAGGAAGGCCAGGAUCCCCGAGGGAAGGAUUUGUUUCAAGCCUGGCUUCACACUUAUUUCCCUAUGAGCAACCUCUUGCCUACUGAGACUUGAUGCUACCCAAUGGCAGGGGCAGGGUGUGUCUCAUACUCCUGUGUGUAAGCAGAGAUUGUGACCUAGGAGGCAGAAGCAGGCUGAUGAUUUCUGAGCCUGUAACACUGUGCAAGAGGUGGCUGAAUUACUGUGUGGCGGCCAUGGAGAGCAGGAGGAACCGCAAUAUGGUGGGCUCAGAGCUGGUGUCCUGGGAGUUCUCGCAACCUCAGGGAAGGCGGUGACUCACGGACCAUGGUUCUCUGUGUUUGUCUUUUCAUCUCUAUAGCAGUUAUCUUAGGGUCUGAAACGUGAAUAAAGGCCUUCUAUAUUCCU